ACAAGAAACUCCUUGCAAAUAUGGUGCACAAUGAGCACAACAAAAUUAGCCUUUGCCUUCUAAUGCUAUUGUGCAUUUUAGACCAUGCAUUAUGUCCACACUCCAUUCCAUCACAAAACCAAAACAUAAACAUAAAUAAUGAUAUAUUAAUAGGCGUGGGAAUCAUUCUAGAUAUGGAGUCGCCAUUGGGGAUGUCCAUUCACAGUUGCAUUACCAUGGCGAUAUCUGAUUUUUAUGCUCUUCACCACAGUUAUAAAACAAGGGUAGUUAUUCACACUAGGGACUCCGAGGGAGACCCAGUAAAAGCUCUUUCAGCUGUUGAUCAUCUUCUGAAAAACGCAAAGGUGCAAGCUAUCAUAGGCCCGGAAACGUAUCUUCCGUCAAAGUUAUUGUCCUUGUUUGCUGAUAAAACUGAAGUCCCUAUAUUUUCUUUUGCGAGUCAAUCCUCAAGGGAAUACCCAUACGUGUUCCAAAUCAAACAAGACGAAUCCACUAUGGCAAAAAGCAUUGCUGCCCUUGUGAAAUCAUUCAAUUGGAGGAAUGUUAUCUUUGUUUAUGAGGACACCGAUGAUGGAAGAGAGAUCUUACAAUAUCUGGCUGAGUCACUCCAAGAUAAAAGCAUCCGUAUCAGUUAUAAAAGUACCAUUUCUUCCUCAGCCACGCAUGAUGAAAUCACCAAGGAGUUACGUAAAAUCAUGACAUUUCACACAACUGUAAUUAUCAUACAUGUGUCUCCUUCACUAGCAUCUAGCCUUAUCUUAAAUGCGAAAAGGUUAGGAAUGGUUAGUGAAGGAUAUGCAUGGAUUUUAACUGAAAAAACAGUGGACCUCUUGCAAUCAACAAACUUUACUGUUAUUGAGUCAUCACAAGGGGCACUAGGUCUUAGGACGUAUGUUCCCUCAUCAUACAGGUUACAUAGCUUAAAAUUAAGAUUGCACAAUUUCUUUCACAGAAAUAAUUUCACCUCUGUAACAAAAGAAGUGCCUGUGCCUGCCUUAUGGGCAUAUGAUACAACUUGGGCCCUUGCCUUGUCUGUAGAGAAGGUUGGAGUCCCACAUAAUGGUCCUUUGCUCUUACAUGAAGUUUUGAAAACAAGAUUUAAGGGUAUAAUGAGUGAUGAUUUUCAGCUUAGUGAAGGAAAAGUAAUAUCCAGUGGAUAUGAGAUUAUGAAUGCUGUAGACAAUGGUGAGAGAAGAGUAGGAUAUUGGACACUAUCAGAAGGAAUAAAGAGAGCGCACCCAAAGAUUAACAGUCCUAGUCUAGGUUCUGAAGCUGUUAUCUGGCCCGGAGGGUCUACAACUGCUCCAAAAGGUUGGGUGUUACGAGCAACUCCCAGUAAAAGGUUAAAAUUUGGUGUUCAAAAGAUAAACAAUUUUAAGUACUUCAUGGAUAUAGAUCAUGAUGUUGAGAAAAAUGUUAUAACUGCCACUGGGUUCUCCGCCGAUGUAUUCUAUACUUGCAUUCGUGCGUUGCCAUAUGAAGUGCCAUAUACGUUCAUUUUAUUUGAGAAUGUCAGUAUCGACGAUCUUGUACAGAAGGUGUACAAUGAGGAAAUUGAUGCAGUAAUCGGUGAUUCAACAAUCUUGGCCAACAGAUCUGAGUAUGUUGACUUUACAGCGACUUACACUGACUUGGGUGUCGGAACUCUAGCAAAAAUCAAGAAAAAUGACCAGUGGUUUUACUUGAAGCCGAUGGACAUUGGCCUAUGGCUAGUUGCUAUUGGUUCUCUUGGCUACACUAUCUUUGUUGUUUGGGCUAUUGAACGUAUGAAUCCAGAUUCCGAUCAGCAAAUUAGAACAGUAUUCUGGAACAUCCUAUGGACCAUCUUUUUUUCUCAAAGAGAUAAGUAUUCGAGCAAUCUGUCAAAAUUUGCGUUGUUUGUAUGGUUACUCGUGGUGCUUGUCUUGUACACAAGCUACACUGCAACAUUGACUUCACUGUUGACAGUAGAGCAAUUUGAAUCAGUGUCGAAGGGAGGAAUUGUGGGGUUUCAUGGAGGCGAUUUUAUGAAAGGAGUGACUGUCAGCAACCUUCACUUCGAAGAUAAUAACCAAAGGCCAUACUACUCAUACGAGGCUUAUGCUCAUGCUUUAUCAAAAGAUGGUGAAGCUGAUGCCAUUGUUGAUGAAAUUCCAUACAUCAAGAUGUUUCUUGGCAAGUACCCUGGUGACUAUGCAUUGGUCUCCUCUCAACCUAUCACUUCUGGUUUUGCCUUUAUCUUCCAAAAGGGUUCGCCUCUUAUUGAAGAAGUGUCAAGAGAAAUCGCUAGGAUAAGACUAGACGGAACUCUGGGAAGUUUGGAGAACAAAUGGUUUAAGAAUCAGUUAUCUCUUCCAUCUCGAAAUUCUACAAUGCCUAAAGACUUGAAGCUUGAUAGCUUCGGUGGUCUCUUUAUUAUCAAUGCAUCUGCUUCUACAUUAACCCUUUUGAUCUCUUCGCUUUGGCUACUUUUUCUCAAUUUCAUGGAGAGGUUUGAUUUAGCUAUUGUUGAUUUAGAAGGUGAUCUUCUGGAUUGA